GAGUCUGCUAGUUUCAAUUUUGUGAUGAAUGAAUGGAUGCCGCAGCUCAGUGCCAGUGAUCGCAGAUUAUGACACAUGAAGACUGAAGUUGAAGGGGCGUGAAAGUGUGAAAAGUAUACUCAAUCAACUAUGAAUUGACGGCAUAUUUUGGUCUACAAUAUAAUGGCGAGUGAGCAUGCCGGGAGGCCACGAGUUAGGCAGAGUUCUUUUCGUAAGAUGAUCAAUGAAAUCUUGGAUGAGAGAGGUCGUGACAAGCUGUGCCGAUCGCUCCCGAGCCAAGAUGGUUUUGGUCGGAUUCCGAUGGAGGUGAACUGUUUCUGGGCGAGGCUCUUCUCUCAGCAUUUUGUGGCAGAGGUUCCAGAAGAAUUAAGAGAUGACUUGCUUUUCUUCAUCCAUCGGAAACAACCCACUUCAAGGCAAGACAGACAGCAAGCUAGAUUGGAGGUGUUUCGUCAGGAUUCUAAGAACCUUCCCAGUUUAGGAGAACCAAACAUUGACUGGGAAGAGACUGUUUAUCUUAAUCUUAUUCUUCAACAGUACAAUUACAUCUUGACAUGUGCGGUAUGCAUCAAGUCAGAAGGAACCUUGACGAUACUAAGGAAGCAUACAGAACAGGUCUUUGCAAGCCCAUCUAGGCGGCGAAUGGACAGCAAGGGAGAAGAAUCGGAAGUCUCCUAUCCAAAUAUAUUCUUCAUCAUCGAUAACUUUGAUGAGAUCUUUGGUGAUUUCACCGUCCAAGAAGGCCAGAUGUUCUGUGUGGAACUGGUAGCAAGCGAGAAACAAGGUCCAUUCCGCAGCGUAGUCUUCCUUGGAUCAGUACGUCAUGAAGCUUUAAAGAAGGUCUAUGAUAAUAGAGCUAGUGUAUCUUCAAAGGUUGCGAGCAAAGUGUCGCUGGGGUUUUUCCAAGGAGGUCGAGGGCGAGUUGAGUUCAUACGGAUGAGAGGGCCCGAGGGGAAGGGGUUUGCGGAAGUUGCCGUCAGUCGGGCUAGUUGGUCUUCAUCGGUGGAAAGUAGCACCGAAGAUGUGCAUUCAGCGUCCGAGAGUUUUGAUUCGACAAAUGAUGGGCCCUCUACUUCAUCAUCAAGCAUACCUCGGGACGUGGUAAUAGGUUCACCGAUCCAUAAAGGAUUACGCAAAUCACAGUCGGACAGCGAAACCUUGUCAACGUUGACCAACGGGAAGGAUGAGGAAGCAGCCUGCCAGUCAGAAGAUGAGGGACCACCAAGCAGUUGGAGUAGACGUUGGAUGAGGCGGACGUCGGAUGCUCUGUUACGACUUACCAUGCGGAGCACUCAGGUACCCGCCCUCAACGUCCACCUAACAUACGUUACUCUACCAUGGCACAGGAUAAUAGCAGAUGUUCUGGAAGUGAAGAAGAAGCCAGUCCUAAGCUAGCACAUGGUUGCCAUGGAAACCCGCCGCCAUCAUCCGAUCCAACUCAGGUUUUUAGAUAGUGUAGGGACCCCUGUACGAACAAGUCAGUAGCUAAGAAAAUCAUUUGAAUAUUUAGUACUUUACAGAAAACAAUGACAAUAACUUUUGUAGCGCAAUAUCAAUUUUUUAAUUUUCAUUCAGUAUAACUAAAGGAAAAUUUGUGCUGCAUGUUUUAUUCACAUAAAAAAUGUCAAAAAAGCUCAAAAUUUGCUGUGGAGGGGAGAAUCAGUGCUGAAUAGGCUAUGGCGUUAUAGGUGAAGUCUACCCACAACAAAUAGUUGAUUUUAAAAAAGUGAAAAAUCAAAGAAGUAUAGUGCUGAAAAUUUGGUCUAAAAUGGAUGUAAAAUAAGAAUUUAUUAUGAUUUUUCUAGUUUCACACAAUUUCACAAACAGUUAUAUGCACAUCCUGGUCUGUAUGCAAAUGAGGAAGCGGAAGACGUCACCCACUCGCUAUCUAUUUUAUAUUUUAUUAUAUUGAAACAUGGAAUAUUUUCAUUUCUUUGUUAUAAUGUGAAACAAAAUUGGAUUUAUCCGUACACAUGUUGAAGUGCCAAUGUUGUAAUCUAUUACGAUUUCAAUGAAGAUGUUUAUUAUUAUCAAAUCUGAACAAAUGGAAAUAUUCUGCAGUUCAUAUAAUGAAAUUCAAUAUGAAUAGUCGUUAUGGUGAUUGUAUGACAUCCACUCUCUCAUUUAUGUACCAUCCAUGUUGUAAUCACAACUGUUUUGUGAAAACAUAGCUGGAUAAUAAUCAACCAAUUCAUUUUUGUAGAUGAUUGAAAUGGCGUACAAUGACAUAAUAUUCCAGAAUGGUCGUCUAAGUGGCGAAUGUGGUCAGGGGCGACGUCAAAGUUGUAAAUAAAUUGGCCCGACCAGCUUAAAAGCAUACCCAAUGAGUCUAUGAGACGACUAGAAAGGUACAUGAAUGGGCAAUGCCAGAUGUUUUAUGUGGUGGAAAGCAUACACGAGAUGCCCCAAAAUUCGGAUCACUGCCAUUUUCAGUUGCAUCCAAUGCAUGCAUUUGUGUGUAGCUGUGAAUGCGGAAUUUCUGUGAGUGCAAACAUAUAAUAAAUGUGCAUAAGGGGUCAGCUCUGAUUAGACAACAGCAGGGGACUUCAGUCCCCCACCUUUUUCACUUUAAGUCUUCAAAUUGUAAAAAUCUCCAUGUAAUUGUGAUUUUUUGCAUGCCCCCCCCCCACCUCACUUUCAUAUAUCUGUGGACCAUGAAAGACCCAAAUUAGAAUUGAUUGUGUCUUGGCACCGGUUGUUGACAUUCGUACACUGCUUGCUAGCAUGGCCAUAUUCAGGGGCAGCAAAAUUUAUCAUUAUCUAUCUUAAAACAAAUUUUAACUAAAAUCAGGCUCAAAUGUGCACCAUCCAGACCGGUUAAUUAAUAAUAUAGGAUUUGCAUAGCGCACGUAUCCACCUUGCUAGGUGCUCAAGGCGCUCCUAUAUUACUAAGCUAGUCUACCAAUUAUGGUGUGCACAGCUUACAAUUUUGAAUUUUAAGAAAUAUCAAUAAAGAAAAUCAAAAUAAAGCCAUGUUGCUUUGUUCUCCAGCUUGCACAUGGUUUUUUAAUAUUUCAUUUGUUCUUACAUACAUGUAGGCUGUCUUUUUCAGGCAUGUCACAGUUCGGGGGGGGGGGUACUCAAAUUAUGAAAUGAUACCUAUGUGCUGCACCAAAAAAACGAGAAUCAGGAGCUUUGGACCUAAACGUUGGUCUUAGAAUUGGGGUUUCCGGAACUGCUCUUGCAUCAAUGAUUGCUAUAUGUAAUACUCUGGAACGGCAUAAAUUCUAUGUUUUGGAAUGUUAGAUGAAUUUGAGUGAAAUUGGUCAUGACGUUUCUGCGCGAUGAACCAAUCAGCUGCCUCCGUUUCGCUCUGCAGAGCUUUCACUGUUGUCGCGAAUGCAGUCAAUGGCUAUUUGCCACUGUGCUGCGCUGAGCAUGAGCGGGCACUGUCCUAAAAAACAAAAAUUUGAGGGUCUUCGGAACUGGGAAAAAAUAGGAAUUUCUGUGGCUUUCUAAAUUGGUGAUGCUCUGGAACGGAAAUUUAGGCUGAAAAUGGGGGUCUUGACCGUGGCACAUACGUAUUAUACAUCUCUACUAAGUGACCCCCCGGGUCACAGUUGGUUGGCUUUAAUAACAAAGUUGUAGGCUAGUAUUGAAGAACAGACUACUUUGAUCAUGUAAAUGAUUGUUUUGGGGUUGUUGCAAGAAAACUGUUUUAAUCGAUUGCAAAUUUCAGAUGCAGAUCUACAAGUGAUGGAUCAAUUUAAACAAAAGGAAAUCAAUUUAUACUUGUACUUGUUGAUACAGGAAGCAGACCAUCAAUCAAUUGUAAAUUUGCAAUGAAAUGCAUGACUUUCAAUUGAUUUGUGGUCCUAAAAUUGACUUGCGAUCAAUUGCAUGUUUCUUGCAACGUCCCAUUAGUCUAUAAAAGCAGAAUUAUUUUUGUAUUUCACUCGGUCACACUGAACACGUUUUUUCCGUAGAUGUUGUAGAUCUGUGUAAGGUAUGUCUGCACUCUCGUAAUGUUGCCAAUUUGACGAUGUUGCUGCUAAUCAAUUGAACUGCCAAGCAUAAAUAGCAUCAAAUUUUAGUUCAAGUGAAUGUGUGUGGUUGUUCAAAAAUGUGGCCAAUAAUGUGCUAAUAGGUUGUAAGUGCUACUUGUAAAGUUUAUUGUCAGAUGUAAUGAUUGUUUAAAAAAAAUCCUGUUUGCUUGUAUAUGACAAAGUGCGUGAAAAAUUCUGAUAACAGUACUUAUUUAUUUAUAACAAAUAAUUGUACUAAAGCAUUUGGAAUGUCUUAAUAAAUGAUCACAAACAAAGCCUGCAAAAUAGAAUGCAGAAGUCACAGAAUUUUUAUAAGGGGGGGGGAAUAGAAUUUAUAUGUUUCCAAAGAACAUUAAUAAACAGAGGAAUGUUAUAAAAACAAGUCUUCAUCAACAGAAGAUUUAAAUUAAUCCUAUUUAAACUGACAGUGUUUGAUUUAUAUUUAUCAAAAGACAUCUGCAUCUACAUGUGUACUACAGUGAAAAUAUCAUCAGGCAGACAUUGAAGUAGUGCAUACCUAAAGUUUUAAAUUUUGUUUGUCAUUAGUUUCACUG